CCUUUUUUUUAGAUUGUAAGCCCUGAGGGGCAGGCACUAUUUCAGAGCUUGUUUUGGAAGUCGCUCUUCUAGCCUUUUCGGCUAAAGAGCAAGGUAUCAAUGACGUAAGCAAAUCAAAAGUAUCUUAAAAGGGGAAUAAUUUUUUUAAAAAAAAUGACAAACAUUUAAAGGCAGCACUGGAAAGCAUUUUCUGUGUAAAAAGCCUGAGAAGUUUUUUUAAAAAAGAAGUGUACAAACCCUGGCAGAAUGAAAGGUUGCAGACAUGGAAGAAAUGGUAAUCUGGGAACAGUAUACGGUGACGUUAAACAGAGAUUCCCGAAGGGGCUUUGGCAUUGCCAUAUCGGGGGGCCGGGAUCGCCCGAGCGGCGCCGAUAGAGACACGUCAAUCAUCAUUUCCGAUGUGGUGCCAGGGGGCCCGGCUGAUGGUCGACUCCAGACCCGAGACAAGAUCGCGAUGGUCAACGGCCUCUCUAUGGAGAACGUUUCAUCCUCUUUCGCCAUCCAGACUUUGAAAAGCUGCGGCAAGCUGGCCAAUAUUACAGUCAAAAGGCCCCGGAAGGUGCACCUCCCGGUCACCAAAUCUAGCCAACCCAAAAGUCCGCCGCUCUCCAGCCCUGCUUUGCGUGACGGCCGGAACGACGAUUCCGACGGGGAAUAUGGUUACAGAGGUGGUGGGUCUUUCUCGCCGAGUGGACGCGCCAGUUAUGGCCAGCGCCGAGCAGAGGCAGAUCACAACCGGGGCUAUGACGGAGAUUCCUCCAGCGAGAGGAGCUCUGGGCGAUACCGUGAUGAAGAGGACGCCCCCCGCAGGCACCCGGUCAGGAACAGGAGGCGGAGCCAAGACGGCGGCCACAGGAGACGGAGCCAAGACAGCGGGUCAGACAGGCAGCGGUUCACCAAUGGGUACAGCCAUAGGGGGAACGCUAGUGGACUGGCGCUGAUGUCAGGAUUCAAGCGGCUGCCCCAACAAGACUUUCUGUUGAAACCUGUCCGCUCCAUUCUGGUAAAGAAUAAGGAGAGUGAAGAAUAUGGCUUGAAGCUGGGCAGCCAGAUCUUCAUCAAACACAUCACAGACACGGGACUGGCAGCCAAGGACAGCUCCCUGCAGGAGGGGGACCUCAUACUAAAGAUCAAUGGCGUGGCAGGCGAGAACUUGUCUCUCGACGAAACCCGGCAGCUGAUUGAGCAAUCGGAAGGGAGGCUGACCUUGGUUGUCUUGCGGGAUAACAGCCAGUUCCUGGUCAACAUCCCCCAAGUGAGGGAGAGUGAGAGUGAGAGCUCCCAUCUAGACGACAUCUCGGAUCUGGCCUCUGACAUCUCAUCCCCACCCCCCCCCGCGGGGAGCGUGCCGAACUCUCCUAAAUCUCCACAAAGCAAUUCGCUCCCGACUCGGAGGCGUUCCAGCAGGGAACAAAUGUCAGCAGAAGAGCUGACUCCACCUGUAGUUCAUGAAACCUCCGAAAGCCCCGAAAAUGCCUACAAUCCCCCUUCCGACCCUUUCCUUUCCCAGAGUGGUGGGAAUUACAGCUACAGCCCUGAUUCCAAAACGGUGCAUUUCAUCAAGGCCAAGAACGUUGGCCUCCGCCUGGCUGGCGGCAAUGACGUGGGCAUAUUCGUGUCCGGCGUGCAGGAGGGGAGCCCGGCUGAGAUCCAAGGCAUCCAGGAGGGAGAUCAGAUCCUUCAGGUAAACGAGAGAGUCCUCCAUAACCUGACCCGUGAGGAGGCUGUUCGGUACCUCCUGGAGCUUUCGCCAGGGGAAGAGGUGACCUUGCGUGUUCAGAAUAAGCAGGACAUCUACAGGAAGAUGGUCAAGUCCAACAUGGGCGAUUCGUUCUAUGUCCGUGUCCAUUUUGAUUUUGAGAAGGAUGCUCCGUCAGGGCUGAGCUUCACCCGCGGCGAAGUGUUCCACGUGGUGGAUACCUUGUACCGGGGGAAGGUGGGGAGCUGGCUGGCCCUGCGGAUGGGGAAAGAGCUUCAGGAAUUGGACAAGGGCAUUAUUCCAAACAGCAGCAGGGCAGAGCAGAUUGCCAGCCUGGAGACGGUCCUCAAAGCCACGUCGGCAGCCUCCUCCGGGGCGCGUGCUGAGUUCUGGAAACUGCGGGGCCUGCGGGGCACCAAGCGGAACCUGCGGAAGAGCCGAGAGGACCUGUCUGCCCUCACCAAGCAAGGCCACUACCCGCCGUACGAGAAAGUCAUGCUCAAAGAAGCAACCUUUAAACGGCCGGUGGUGAUUCUGGGCCCCAUUGCCGACAUUGCCAUGGAGAAACUGAGCACCGAGAUGCCAGAUCAGUUUGAGAUUGCCGAGAGCGUGGUCAGAGAAGGCGGUUCAGCCAAGGUUAUCAAGCUGGACUCCGUUUGGCAAAUUGCGAAACAGGAUAAACACGCCUUGCUGGACAUCACCCCCGAAGCCGUAGAGAGGCUCAACUAUGUCCAGUACUUCCCCAUCGUCGUCUUCUGCGAGCCGGACAGCCGCCAGGGCGUCAAGGCCAUGAGGCAGUGGCUGGCCCCCGACUCCAAGAAGAGUUCACGCCGCCUCUUCGCCCAGGCCACCAAGAUGCGCAAAAACUGGAGCCACAUCUUCACGGCCACCAUCAGCCUGGCUGGAGGCUCCAACAGCUGGUACCAGAAUGUCAAGGACAUUGUCCGAAUCCAACAAGCCUGCCCCAUCUGGAUGACGGAAGAGCAGGUGGAUGCUUCAGCCGAGGAAAGCUUGGACCUGUUGAAUCAACCCUCACCCACCACCCCAGGCUACCUGACCUGUGACAGCCGUGCCAACAGUGACUACGAGGAGACAGACGCGGAGGGUGAGCCUUAUAUGGACCAGGAUAUUGAAGAGUCCUAUCAGGAGCCAGCCCUGGCCCGCUCCUCAGAACCCACCGAGGAAAACCCUGAGCAGGACCUGAAUGAGCGUGUGGCGGCCGCUUUGGCUUAUCCUGUUGAGUCGCACGAUGGCGACCAACAGCCUCAAGGACAGUGGAGACACAACUAUAUCAGGGAAUACGAGCAUGAAGCCCUCAGGAAGAAGUUCACCUAUGCUCAGACCUACGACUCCGAGUCAGAUCAGGACUACGGUUACGACUGGGGCCCCGCCACAGACCUCUAAACCCCCCUGCUGGGUGGUCUCCUGUAGCUCCAUCAGGUGGGGCUGCAGUUCCUCGCCAGAUUAUUUUAAAAGACUGUUCCCAUCCCCUACAUGGAGGUAGUGGCUGGGGAAAGAUAUACCGGAUGCCUGUGUUAUUUUUACCACAUGGAAGUUCUCCUCAUCCGUCUGUGUCUUCCAAUGCUCCUGUUAAGGGAGCCCUUUGCCCCCUUUCCUGCUGGUUUGGCAAAGCAGCAAAAAAAGAACAAGCCCUCCUCCUCCUCCCCAGGGUUAAGUCUGGUCUCCAGUUGCCUUGCUUCGCAGUCCUAACCCAUCAGGGUGCCCAUCCUCAGGGCCCCAGAAUCCCAACCCAUCAGGGUGUCCAUCCUCAGGGUCCCAGUUCACAACCCAUUAUGGUGUCCAUCCUUAGGGCCCCGGAUCCCAACCCAUUAGGGUGUCCAUCCUCAGGGCCCUGGAUCCCAACCCGUCAGGAUGCUCAUCCUGAAGCCCCCCCAGAUCCCAACCCAUCAGGGUGCCCAGCCUCAAGCUGUGUCUACAGUCCCAGCAGGCUCAUCUCGAGAGUGACUUGCAAGUUCCAUCUUGCUGCUUCUAUUCCCAUUAUCCGUAACCAUUAACCAUGCUGGGAACUGGAGUCCAGCCCUAUCUGGAGGGCACCAUUUUGGCUAUCCCUGCUCUGAAAGUUUGCAGUCUGGGGGUGUGAGGAGGGACCGUGCCGAUUACUUGUCCCUUUUUAACAAAGACCUUGAGGCAGCAUUGACCAUACAGUGUCUUUAAAAAAAAAAAAAAAUCUCCACACACCCAUAAAUUUUGAGCUGUUUUUUUAAAAAACUUUCCAUUUCGUGUCUGCCCAAGUAAUGGGAAACCCCCUCUGGAUUUUUGCCUUAACGCCUGCGGGCUUUCCUCCUCCACACAGCACAAAUAUGGCGGAGCAAGGCCCUUUUGUGUAUGCCUUUGUAAUAAAGACAUUAUUUUCA